GGCGCGGCGAGAACGCGCGCUCGCAUACGCGGCGUAUUAAACGGUUUGCAGGCGCUGCGGGCUUGUCAUCUUCCUCUGUCUCAGGCUCCUACUGCUACCUCUCGCUUGCUCUCAUCCUGUGAAGCCUAAGCCGGCUACUCCUCCCUCCUUCUCUUAACCUGUAGCCGCGUCGUUACGACACCUCCACCAUGUUCGAGGCGCGCCUGGUUCAGGGCUCCAUCCUGAAGAAGGUGUUGGAGGCGCUUAAGGACCUCAUCAACGAGGCCUGCUGGGACAUCAGCUCGAGUGGUGUGAACCUGCAGAGCAUGGAUUCGUCCCACGUCUCCUUAGUGCAGCUCACCCUGCGUUCCGAGGGCUUCGACACAUACCGCUGCGACCGCAACCUGGCCAUGGGCGUCAACCUCACCAGCAUGUCCAAAAUACUAAAGUGUGCUGGCAACGAAGACAUCAUUACACUAAGGGCUGAAGAUAAUGCAGACACCUUGGCACUAGUAUUUGAAGCUCCAAAUCAAGAAAAGGUUUCAGACUAUGAAAUGAAGUUAAUGGAUUUAGAUGUUGAACAACUUGGAAUUCCAGAACAAGAGUAUAGCUGUGUAGUAAAGAUGCCUUCUGGUGAAUUCGCACGUAUAUGCCGAGAUCUCAGUCAUAUUGGAGAUGCUGUUGUAAUUUCCUGUGCAAAGGACGGAGUGAAAUUUUCUGCAAGUGGAGAACUUGGAAAUGGAAAUAUUAAGUUGUCGCAAACAAGUAAUGUCGAUAAGGAAGAGGAAGCUGUUACCAUAGAGAUGAAUGAGCCAGUUCAGCUAACUUUUGCACUGAGAUAUCUGAACUUCUUUACAAAAGCUACUCCACUCUCUCCUACAGUAACACUCAGUAUGUCUGCAGAUGUUCCCCUUGUUGUAGAGUAUAAAAUUGCCGAUAUGGGACAUUUAAAGUACUAUCUGGCGCCCAAGAUCGAGGAUGAAGAAGGAUCUUAGGCAUUCUUAAAAUUGAAGAAAAUAAAACUAAGCUCUUUGAGAACUGCUUCAGAGAUUCCAGCAUGUCCUUAAGUCUCUUCUGUCACCAAAUGUGUACCUCUGAGUAUACAUGUAGAUAAUGUUUUCUGUAAAUAAUCUAUAUUUUUGUCCAUUCUCUAUAAUUUGUUUAAAGGAUAAAGUCCCAAGUCAAACCUGGUCUUAUUAAUCUAGAACUACUUCUGCCUUAUCUAGAAACUGCUUAGGAUUUUUAAAGACCAUUAAUGCAGUUUUAAGAAUUGUUUUCAAUUUAAAUAAAGUUAUUUGCAUUUCAAACAUCACAGGACAGUGCCUUCAUUUGGACCUUGACUUAUUGCAAGUAUCCUAGGGAAUUCUUAGCUAAUGCUACCUUUUGUGUAAAAUGUGUUUAUUUUUUUAGUCUAGAGCAGCCAGAUAUAAAUACAUUAGAUAUAACUAUAAAAAGUACUCCAAAUACGGUAGGUGGCAAGAUAUUUGGGGGGAUGCCAAAUUUAAUUUGGUAUUCUAACUUUAGCUCAAGAGCUGAACCCCAGGGGAGUAGAACAAAUUUUCUAUAUUUGUCAUUUUUGUUAGCAAAAACUAACACUUUCAGAAGGUUAAUGUACUCAAAGUUGUGUGGGCUUUGUAAGAUGCAUUAUUAUAGGAUGUUUCUUUAGGAAAUAUUUUACAAGAAUCUUGCAAGUUUCAGAUCUGUGAUAGGGCUCAAGGAGUAUGUUUGUGCAAAAAUAAUUUCUCUAGUAUAAGUAGCCUUAUUUGGGACUUAUUCCCUUAAAGGAUAAAGAUGGAAUUUAUUCCAUGGAUGUUAAAUUCAACCAAGAAAGUGAAAAGGCCUAGCAUUUGUCAAACAAAUGUUUAAACGUUCCCAGUAAUUGUGCUAAAAGGUCACAAACUACACACUGAGAAUUGCCUUAUAGUCUUUUUUUUCCCUGGUGUGUUUUGUUUGGUGUAUUAAAUGUAUCUGGACUGAAUUCUAGUUGACUUUAGAACUAUCCAUUGAUUACUUUCUGUGUGCCUGGGGCUGGGGCGAGGAGAUUGGCAGCAAAUGGGGCCUAAUGGAUUUUUGAUGAAAAUAUUUUAUCUAGGCUGGUGAUGGUUUCAAGACUGCAUUUGUCAAAACUCAUUCAAUUGUACUUGUAUGUAAAUUACCAUAAUAAAUCUGACAUUUUAAAAGGC